CACCACCAGGAUUCAAUAGCUAUUCCAAAGAGCAUACAGGAAUCUCUUUUGUAAUUAACCCAAACGGUGCUUGCAAGGAAAAACAUAAAAACAUGGCCACUGAAAUAUCAAGGUUCUGCUCCCUGCACCAACCUGCAAAAACAACACUGUUCAAACAGGAGUCGAAAAAUGGUGUGACAUACAGAAUCCCCGCGCUAAUCUAUAUAGAUCAGACGUUCUUAGCCUUUGCUGAAAAGCGCACCAGUCCAUGUGACUCUGAUGCAGACAUUCUGGUAAUGAGAAGGGGAACAUUUCAGGAUGGCUCUAUUCAGUGGUCAUCCACUGAGGAGUUAACUUCAGCUCAGCUAUCAGGCCAUCGCACAAUGAAUCCAUGCCCAGUCUACGAAAAUGCCUCCAAGACUCUCUUUCUGUUCUUUGUCUGCAUUCCUGGCCACGUCUCAGAGCACCACCAGAUUUGCACAGGUAAAAACCAAGCUCGGCUGUGUUAUAUCACCAGCAGCGAUAAAGGCCUGACCUGGAGCCCAUUAACUGACUUGACAAAGAGCGUGAUUGGUGAAGAGAUUACAAAGUGGGCCACUUUUGCAGUUGGACCAGGUCAUGGUACGCAGAUGAUGAACGGAAGGUUGAUCAUCCCAGCGUAUGCUUAUUACAUACAUAAGCGUUGUCCGCUCGCUCGUUUCCCACUCUGUGUGAAGUCCCAUGCCUUUGUGUUCUACAGUGAUGAUCAUGGUAACACAUGGCAUUUUGGGGAGAAAGUUCAGGAAGAGUCUUGUGAAUGCGAAAUGGCUGAGAUCAUCGACUCUGAGGGAAGGAGUCACCUGUACUGCAACGCUCGUAGCACGAAAGGUCACCGAGUGGAAGCUUUUAGCAAAAACAGUGGAGUAGAUUUUUGCAAAUCUCAUUUUGCUCAGAAGCUGGUGGAACCACGUCACGGUUGCCAAGGAAGCGUUUUAAGCUUUCCUGUGCAGAAAUGGGGAGACAAUGAUCAAAGUGAGAGGUACAGAGUUUGCCCUACAUCAUCUGAUUCAUCAAACACGCAGACUUGGCUGCUGUACGUCCAUCCCACUAACAAGAAGAAGAGAAGAGACCUUGGAGUUUACUUGAACAAGUCCCCUUUGCAUACAACUGGUUGGGAACAACCUUGGAUCAUUCAUCAAGGUCCCAGUGGAUACUCAGAUGUGGCUCAGGAUGAGAAGGGACUCUUUGCUUGCCUUAUGGAAUGUGGAGUAGAGAGUGAGCUUGAAGAGAUAGCCUUUGCUCAUUUCCAUUUUAAUGACAUGAUGGAAGCUUUUUGAUGAGGUUUAAAAGGCUGUAUAGAAAGCUCUAAUCCCAGUUAAAUCUUAAAGCUGGAUAGUAUUUUCUUUUCUAUUGAGACCACAAAAAUAUGAAAUGGUCUGUCAUGAACUGUCAAGUUGAAAAGGAACAUUCCUCUCAGAAAUAUAGCUUGAAUUGAGAAGAAUGCAAGUAAGUCUAUGAAUCCAAUGAAGCAUGACAGUUACCUUAGUGACAGCAAAGCAAGAGAGGACAACAUUACAAAGAGUGUGUGUUCAAUUACAUACAUUUUUAUUUUUUGUUGGACUCACAUUGUGAGCUUUGAGAAAAAUGACUUUACAAAUUUAUUUGAGUGUACCUCAGCAAGUCUAUGAGUUCUCACUCGCUCACUCUCUAAUGAUCUAAUGGGCAUUGUGCUUGACAUCUAAGCUGCUUAACCUAAUUAGGGUCGCAGUGGGUU